AUGAAACUAUUCAGCACUGUCCACGGUCAUGAUGCGACCCCAGCAAUGCCUGGAUGGGAGAAAGAUGAAGACACCGCCGGCGGUUACGAUAAAUAUCAGCUUCGUAAAUAUCAAAAAGAGGCAGGGAGACGGAAAUCACGACGUGCUGCUAUGGUUGUGGCAUCAAUUAGCUUCGUUGUCCUAUCUCUAUAUUGCCUAAGCACUUUUAGAGGCUAUACUUAUCCGCCAUUCCUUACGAAGAAGUCGUGUUCCUCGGUUGACUUCGGCUUCACUUGCGAACCUAAAAUUUCUCAUUCUUGGGGCCAAUAUUCACCUUAUUUUGCCGUUUCGUCAGAUAUUGCUACUGAAGUCCCAGAACAAUGCCAAAUUACCACCGCCCAAAUUCUUUCUCGCCAUGGGGCUCGAUACCCAACAAAGUCUGCAGCGGCCAGGUAUCACCAACUACUUUACGAUAUCCAUACCAACACUACCUCAUACAGUCCCAACUUCUCAUUUAUUCGCGAAUAUAAGGGUCAAUACGUGCCUGACCAGUUAACUGACUUCGGUCGGCAACAAAUGUUUGAUUCCGGCGUUAAGUCGUACAAUCGCUACAAGGUACUCGCACAACAAUCCGCUGCUCCUUUUGUUCGCUCCUCGGGUCAAGAAAGAGUUCUAGAAUCAUCCCUCAAAUGGGUGCGUGGCUUCGACGACGCUCGUCGACAAGAUUCAUCUUCAGCUCCAAAGCCUGAUCCGGCCAGCAUCCUUAUCAUUAGCGAAAAGCCUGGCGUCAACAAUACCCUGAACCAUGGUCUCUGUACUAAGUUUGAGGAAGAUCCUGAAAUCUCCGAAUUAGGACACACCUCGCGGGGCACAUGGGCCAACAUCUUUACCCCACCCAUCUCUAGGAGAUUAGAGAAAAACUUGGCCGGCACAAAGUUUUCUCCCGAGCAGACAAUUCAGCUUAUGGACCUUUGUCCUUUUGAUACCAUUGCUAACGAACAAGGUGAAGUCUCUCCAUUUUGCCAUUUAUUCACUGCGUCUGAAUGGCACGCCUACGACUACUACCAAACCGUUGGAAAGUACUACGGUUAUUCAUGGGGUAAUCCCCUUGGACCCACUCAGGGCGUCGGUUUUACUAAUGAGCUCAUUGCACGACUCACUCGCUCUCCCGUUGUCGAUCAUACGAGCACCAAUAACACACUUGAUCAUAACGCAAAGACAUUUCCUCUUGACAAUCAAACUGCUCUUUUUGCCGAUUUUAGUCACGACAACGACCUCACUAGCAUACUGGCUGCUGUUGGUCUCUACAAAGUUUCUCCGCCACUAUCAAAGACGGCGCGUCCAGUCUUCAACGCGUCUCACGACUAUUCGACUAGCCGUACUGUACCGUUCGGUGCGCGCAUCUAUUUCGAAAAGUUGAAAUGCGAAGAUACACGGGAAGAUUUAAUCAGGAUAAUUGUGAAUGAUCGAGUCCUUCCGCUCGAAUCUUGCGGCGGAGAUGAAUUGGGUAGGUGUACACUAGAUAAGUUUGUGGAUAGCCUAAAAUUCGCGCAACAUGAUGGAAGAUGGUCUGAGUGUUGA